AUGAGCAAUUCACUUCCCAUGGAAAUGCGCAAGUGUAUUGGUGAGCAAGAGGAAGAAGACGAGAGUAUAAAGGAAUUAUACGGGCUAGGAGGACGGACAUUUCUGGUACUUAAUCUAGCACCGGUGGGUUGUUACCCGUUGUUUUUGGCGGGGCUACCACACAAUAGCUCCGACCUUGAUGCAUUCGGAUGCGUAAUUUCCUAUAACAAUGCAGUGGUGGACUACAACAACAUGUUGAAGGAAGCUCUGAAUCAAACCAGACAAGCAAUCCCAGAUGCUUCUCUGAUAUAUGUGGAUACUCAUGCUGUUCUGCUGGAGCUCUUCCAGCACCCCACAUCUCAUGGUUUAUAA